AAAAUUAAAAAAAAAAUCGAAAACCAGAGCUCCUUAAAUAGAACCUUACUCCUGAAGGAAUUGCUUAAGGUUCAGAUUUUUUAUCCUUUCAUUUUCCAGUUGUUUGAUUAUGGGAGGCGGAGCAGCCAUGAGAGCCGUAGGUAAGGUCGCCGGGAUUGGGGUUUUCAACGGUGGGAUGCGUGGCGGCGUGUCUUCCGCAACCGCCGCGACCCCGCCCGCAUCACAAUCCCUGCGAAACGUCUCGCGCCCUGUUGGAGGAAUCUUAUCGAGCGGGAAGGUUUCCGCUGGAGGUGAUGUGGCAGAGACGCUGAAACCCUCGUGGGAAUUGGAUGACUGGGAGUUCGCUGGAGGAGAAAACGAUUUUCUGGUGGCGCCAGGGCCGGAAUCAACUGAACCAAUGGCUAGGGUUGUAUUUGGCGGUGCGCCAAGCCUUGAGGAGGCUAAGGAAGCAACGUCUGAACUUAAAGAGGCAUUGGAUAAGGUUUAUUUUUCAUCUGAGAAUUCCAGCGAGAGUGAAUAUGACGGUGCAGUGUCAGGGCUGCAAAUGGUUGCAAACUCUGAAUGCUUGGAGACCAAGAGCUGUACCUCAUUUGAUCCAAAAUCUGUUACAGUACCAAACCAGGCUAUUCAGGCUUUUAAAUUCCUUUGUGAAAAUGCUUCAGCUCAGACUGUUGUUGCAUCAGUUGCUUCUGACCCAGAUGUGUGGAAUGCUGUCAUGCAAAAUGAAGCUCUUGUGCAAUUCUUACAGUCCCAGAAAAGCAAUGUAACGUUUGAAGAUCAGGGUUCUCCCAGAAAGGUUGAUGAAUUAACUGAUUUGAGCAAAGAAGAUACAGGAAGCCAUUCUGGAGACAGUGGAAGCCAAAGUCAGUUUGAGCCCAUGGCUGUUCUUCAGAAGAUCAAAGAUAGUGUGGUUGAACUGGGAAUAACAACCAUGGAUCGAGUGGUUGAGGUGGUGAGCAAUGUGGGUAAUUUUCUGCAGAACAUUUUUGGCAUGCCCGAGGCUGACAAGACUUGCACUGAAGCAGAUGCCAAACCAAACCAUAUUGAAAACAAGGUAGGACUGGGAGCUUCUGUCAUUGGACUGGCCAUUAUGGUGAUCAUGGUGGUUGUGCUGAAGCGAGUUUGAAAGUUUAUAUUCUGGCAAAUUACCCAAAAAUUUGUCGAGUUCACAAACUCUUUGGAAGUAUUUCUCCGUUAUGAUGCAUUAGUAGAUAUGUACAGUACUUUACAAACCUUUUGCAGCUCGGGUGGCUUAUGCUAAAGUUAUGCAAAGUACUUCACAUUGCGUAA